AUGUCGACCGCCACAUCUGUGAAGCUGCGCAACCCUUUUUCGCCCAAGUCGUACGACUUGCAUCUGAGCGUCGACCUCGCAAACUGGAAAUACGAAGGAAAAGAGACAAUCGCCUUUAAGAAAACACCGAAUGUUGAGGCGUCAAACGUGGUGCAGCUGCAUUACUCCCCGUCAAUGAACAUCAAAGAGGUUAGCGGAGCCACAAUCACGGGCCGCAACGAGGCGGCGGAAACCCUUCAGCUGCAGUUGAAUGNCGUCAAUGAACAUCAAAGAGGUUAG